AUGUCCUUUCACUCGUUUUUGGAAGAAACAAACUCUUUAACGAUGAAUGAAGGGGAUCGAUUGGAUACUACCAUCUAUGCCUGUCCGGCUUAUGAGCUCAGUAAAGCGGUGUCGGUGUCUUUGGGUUUGGAUUCGGUGUCUUCUCCGCCCAAUAAUAUGAACCAGAGCUCCAGCAGCGCCUUCGCAGAAUGCGACUCCGGUACUGUGGCGGAUAGUUCUCGGGGAGUGCCAGAGUUGAGAAGGGCUGGGAAUAUGAACUCCGACGGCAGCAUGUUUGUCCUGGGUGACAGCAGCCUUAGAGAGGACGACUUUGGAGAAGUGUGCCAGGGCAUACAGCAGGUGAGCUGUAUGGAUCUGUUCGGAUCGGGCGAAAUGGACAGUGCGCAAACUGUGACGCGUGGCUCGGUGAUAUCCAGAUACGUCUGCAGGGAGUCAAAUGUGUUUAUGAACCCCACGCCGGAGCUGCCCGCGCCCCCUCAGGUGCCCGGGGUCGUACCCUUAAAACCACCUUCGUCUUACUAUGCCAGUUCAGACCUAUAUAGGGAUCUCCCACCGGAAAUGUGGUGCGCAAAUGAGCGCGCAUACAGCGACCGAUCCCAGCCUCAGCCACAGCCACAGAGGGGAGAAUCAGGGGAACAUAAUUUCUUGUGCAAAUACUGUAAUUGUGGGCAAGCUCCUCGCGGAAACAGGCAGGAAUGCCGCUGUAUCUGGUACGGUAGAGGUGAGCAGGGUGGCAAAGGUGGCAUGCGAGCGACGGCACAAGGAUAUGGCCAAAUGGAAAGUUACCCAAGUGCCAUUCCUCAGGGGCAGAACACUUUCUCCACUAUCAAGAGUGAGCCUUCGGUGUGGAUGAAUUGCACAGAUCGCAGUUUAAGGCACGAGGAUUUUUUUCCAGGUGUGUAUCUGUCAGAAAGGAGAGUGUGUCAAGUGUGCGGAGAUGACGCCUCGGGUUGUCACUAUGGAGCAGUCACCUGCGGCAGCUGCAAAGUAUUCUUCAAGAGGGCCGCUGCAGGUAAGCAGAACCACUUGUGUGCCAGCCGAAACGACUGCACCAUCGACAAACUGAGGCGGAAAAACUGCGCGUCGUGUCGCUUAAAGAGAUGCUUCAUGUCAGGAAUGAGCCUUAAAGGUCGCAGGCUGAAGGGAGCCGGACAGGUGAGAAAUGGAGAAGAGGAGCAACAGCCAGCUAGCUGGGGACAAGGAGAAAAAGAAGAGAGGGCAGCGAAGAAAGACGUAGUCUUGGAGUCCGGAAAUGCAGGUGUCAGGGCUCAAGGUGCAGCUUCCCAGGCCCUGGGUGCGGCCAUCCCCCCACCCCUGCACUCGUGCCUGUCCCUGCUCAGCAUCCUACAGGCUAUUGAGCCAGCUGUGGUCAAUGCCGGGCAUGAUCCUGCCCAGCCAGACAGCCCUAUGUCCUUGCUCACCAGCCUGAACAAGCUGGGGGAACGGCAGCUGGUAACCGUGGUCCGCUGGGCCAAGGCAAUACCAGGGUUUCGGGACCUGCACGUGGAUGACCAGAUGUCAGUGAUUCAGCUGUCAUGGAUGGGAGUGAUGGUGUUCGCCUUAGGCUGGAGAUCCUACACACUGACUAACAGCUCUAUGCUCUACUUUGCUCCAGACCUGAUUUUCAAUGACCAGCGGAUGCAAGCGUCCAGCAUGUAUGAACACUGUGUGAGGAUGAAGCUACUAUCCCAAAGGCUGUGCAUGCUCAAGGUUACCCAGGAGGAGUUCCUCUGCAUGAAGGCCCUGGUCCUCCUCAGCAUCAUGCCAGAGCAGGGCCCGAAGAGCCAGCAUUGUUUUGACAAACUGCGGACCUCCUACAUCAAGGAGCUAGACCGUUUGGCCAGCCACCGCGGAGAGACCACCCGCACGCAGAGACUGUUUCAGCUCACGCAGCUGCUGGACCACCUCCAGUCGGUUGUGAGGAAAUUACACCAGUUCACCUACGAUCUGUUCAUCCAAGCUCAGUCCAUGCAUAUGCAUGUCAGCUUCCCAGAGAUGAUCUCGGAGAUUGUGAGCAUCCACGUGCCCAAAAUCCUCUCUGGGAUGGUCAAGCCCAUCCUUUUCCACAACGCGGCCUAGUGAGUGAGAGUCUCCAAGACUGUCUUUUCAUCAGCCACACCGACCGGAAAGAGUUCUCAAUGAUUUUUACGCUUCUGUCCUGAGAGUAGGGCGCAGUCCAGGUGUAAGCAGAUGUUAACAGAAGGGCAGACAGCACAUUCUUCCAGUCUAAUGUAGUCUGAUUUCAUCUUCUCACUUCUUCUUCUUAUUGCCUGUUUGAAUGUAUCCUGCACAUACACAAAUGCUUUUUGGAGGCUGAUUAAAAUACUUGCAUGCAUUUCUGUCCACAUACUAAUGGUGAACCUCGUGGCAUGUGAACUUCUUCAGCUCUUCAUGUGGAUAAUCACAAACUCUUCUGGGGCGUGUGGUGCGGGGGGACAAGUUUGAAGGCAGCACAUCAAGGUAGCUUGUCUGUGUGCAUUAGCAUGACAUUUUGAACUAGCUUUUUUUCACAAUGAAUGUUUCUGUGUGCACCUGAGAUGAAAAAAGAAAAAAAAAUAAUAAAUCAGUGACUGACAGUUAAUAAGCGGUUGUGACGUGCAUGCUUGGAAGCAAAGCUAUCUUGCCCGGAGGCAUAUAAAAACAUUUUUUUGACAGCUGUCAUCAUCUAUUAGAAAAAAUAUCGGACUAUUAGAUUUCUGUUUUGUCAAAAUGAAAACACUUUCAAGGUGCCCGCGACUGCAGCGUCACCAAUUUCAAAUGUAUAUUUAUCCAUUUUUGAUGCCAAAAAGGUCACAGUGAAGGACGUAAUUGGACAAAAUGACUCCAUUAGUCGAGAAACACCACGGGUGACUUUAUUUUUUUUUUUUUUUAUCAGGAAAAAAAAAAGGUUUUUCAGUGCCAAACAUUAUUAAAGUUUUUCCACAGUGGACGUUUCAUACUGUUGUAACUUUUCUACAGUUUCCUAAAGUGUUCUUUGCAAAUGCUUUGUUGUGUAUUACCAUGUAAUCCUCGUAGUUUAUGACAGUUUUUGCUAAAGGUCCAGCCAAGAACCCGCUCUAUUGUUGCAACAUUUACAGCUUGACAUGUAAUAAAACAAAAUAAAGCCAAA